AUGUCCGAGCACUUGAACCGUGAAGAGGAGGACCUUCUCCAGUCUGCCCUUUCGACCGCAUUUUCCCCUGCCGACUUGCCUCGCCAGCCUGCAGCCCCACUAGAAGCCACGCAGCCCCCCGCACCAUCUGCACCAGCAGCCUCGCCCACCCCUGCACACCCGCCUCCCGCACCACUGGACGCCGUGCCGGCGGCCGAGUCGACAGAGGACGUGUGGAAGGCGGAGUAUGAGCAGAACCUCGCGGAGUGGCGCCGGCAGAACGCAGAGCAGCGCGAGAAGGCGGAGCGGACGCGGGCGGAGUGGGAGGCCGUGCGCGAGCGCGAGCGCAGGGAGGGCAAGUCGCGGGAGAGCGUGUUGAGCCUCGGCGAGAGCCACGGCGGGUGGGAGACCCUCGGGGCGUCCGCCGCCGGCUCGUCCUCCUCGGCGCCGUUGGCGGAACCGGCGAAGCGUGAGGGGGCGAGCGGAGGGGCGAAGGGCGGGGAGCAGGGCAAAGAGGUGCACUGCGUCGACGACGACCCCCCACCCGCGCACGACAAGGUCGGCUCGAACCCGACCUCGGAGCCCGAUUCGAAGCAGGACAAGUGGGACUCGAUGGCGUCCUCGAUGACCUCCUCGUUCCCCUCCAUGUCUUUCCCCUCCGACCCUCACUCACCCCUCUCCUCGGGGGCGCGCCGUGACCUCGCGCCAGCUCCUGUGCACACGCACGGACACGGGCACCAUCAUGGGCACCACGAGCAUCACGACAUCGCACCCCGGCAAGAGGAGCGGCGGACGGCGACGGUUUCGGUGUUCGAUUCGUCACUGAGCCCGAAGACGCGCGCGCUCGCGCUCGUCUCAAGCUUGGCCAUCAACCUGCUCCUGCCGUUCGUGAACGGGGUCAUGCUGGGGUUCGGGGAGAUAUUUGCUCGGAACGUGGUCGUGCAAUGGUUGGGGUGGAAGAUUCCGGGUACGGCGAGCACUGCGGGGUCAAGAGGGAGUGGGCGAGUUGCGUCGAGCGUAGGGUUUGGAAGGCGUUAG